CUCCUGUCAUCGGGGCCCCUGGCCCAAUGGCAGGCUGAGUCCCCCUCCUCUGGCCUGGUCCCGCCUCUGCUGCCCCUUGUGCUCCGCACUACCUGCCGCCUGGCCACAACCCGAGCUGGAAGGCGGGUGCGCGGGCGGGCGGCGGGCACCAUGCAGGGAGGCUGCCAAAGGCCGUGGGCAGCGCUGCUCUCUGCCGCCCACCUGGCGCUGUGAGACGCGCGCUGCCACCAUGUUCCCCAGCCCUGCGCUCACGCCCACGCCGUUCUCGGUCAAAGACAUCCUGAACCUGGAGCAGCAGCAGCGCAGCCUGGCUGCCGGGGAGCUCUCGGCGCGCCUGGAGGCCACGCUGGCGCCCGCCUCCUGCAUGCUGGCCGCCUUCAAGCCCGAGGCCUACGCAGGGCCGGAGGCCGCUGCGCCCGCCCUGCCGGAGCUACGCGCCGAGCUGGGCCCCGCGCCCUCGCCCGCCAAGUGUACUCCUGCCUUCCCAGGCGCCCCCGCCUUCUAUCCGCGUGCCUAUGGCGACCCCGACCCCGCCAAGGACCCUCGAGCUGAUAAGAAAGAGCUGUGCUCACUGCAGAAGGCGGUGGAGCUGGAGAAGGCGGAGGCCGACGGCGCGGAGCGACCCCGGGCGCGACGGCGGAGGAAGCCGCGCGUGCUCUUCUCGCAGGCGCAGGUCUACGAGCUGGAGAGGCGCUUCAAGCAGCAGCGGUACCUGUCGGCGCCUGAGCGCGACCAGCUGGCCAGCGUGCUGAAGCUCACGUCCACGCAGGUUAAGAUCUGGUUCCAGAACCGGCGCUACAAGUGCAAGCGGCAGCGGCAGGACCAGACUCUGGAGCUGGUGGGGCUGCCUCCGCCGCCGCCGCCGCCGGCCCGCAGGAUCGCGGUGCCAGUGCUUGUGCGCGACGGCAAGCCCUGCCUAGGGGACUCGGCGCCCUACGCGCCAGCGUACGGUGUGGGCCUCAAUGCCUACGGCUACAACGCCUACCCAGCCUACCCGGGUUACGGCAGCGCGGCCUGCAACCCUGGCUACAGCUGCGCCGCUGCUUACCCGGCCGGUCCGCCCCCGGCGCAGUCGGCUACGGCCGCCACCAACAACAACUUCGUGAACUUUGGCGUCGGGGACUUGAACGCGGUGCAGAGCUCCGGGAUCCCGCAGGGCAACUCGGGAGUGUCCACGCUGCACGGUAUCCGAGCCUGGUAGGGAAGGGCCCUACCUGGGGCGCCGCCACCGAUCCCAGCUCUAGAGAGGGACACUGAGUCUCGGGGGAGGGAGGACCCCUGACGUGUCUCCACGUCCCUUGGAUCUCACAUUCACUCCCGCAGGGGCCUCGGAGCUCUUUCCGUCCCAGGCGCCUUUGUCCCCAAGCGCGGGAGAGUUUGUGGCCGCGUUUACAGAGCUUGCGGUGAUUGAUCCCGCAGCCUGGUGCCUUAGCCGUCGCCCCCAGAGUGCCCUCCGAACGCUCACGGGCAACCCCAACCGGCUAAACAUGGGCCAGUUGGGCCCAGGAGCCCAGGUGCACCUUUCUUCGAGCCUGGGCCCGGCGCCCGGGCCCUUGCUGCCUUGCCGCUGCCCACCCACCCGUAUUUAUGUUUUUACCUGUUGCUGUAAGAAAUGGGGAUCCCCUUCUCAUUAAAGAGAGUGCGCUGAUCCCGCCUGUGUGCUUCUUUCCGCUUGCGGCGCUUCAGAACUGCGUUGGAGAAAGCAGAGCCGGGCUGCCCGGCUGAGCUGCAGGUACAGGCAUUCGCUGAGCAAAUCGAUAAUAGUAAUAAACUCGUCCCGGGUCCUUUGUUAGAUACUUCCUGGCAUUGUCUCACGUUAUCUUCAAUAACUUCCCCCCCAAAGAGGUCCUAUUUUAAAGUGUAGCAAACGGAGGCCUGCAGGGGUUUGAUGACCUGCCCCUGAGCAAACAGCCAGUAGUGGUAGAACAGAGGUUCCAUUCCGGGUCUCACUUCACAGACAGAGGGCACUUGCCCAGAGCUCCCCACUCUUACUUCCUCGAACCCUACUGCAUGUCAGGCACAGUUGAGGUGCUGGGCAUUACAUGGAGAGCAAAGGGACCUGGGCCCUCUGCAACUGGAGCACACCAUAAUUCAUCCUGCUUCAAAGAACAUCUUACUCCAUUUUACAGACGGGAAAACCUAGAACCCAAACUCCUGUUAAGCUUCCCUGAAUUCCCUAGCCCAACCAGGAAGAGGGCCUGGGGUCCUGUGGCCCCAGCCUCACCAGCUGGUGGGCUCCACGGAGAGGUGUCUUGCCAACUGCCCCUCCAGCUGUGGCUCGGCCACAAGAAUUCACAUGGGCAGGGAACCUCCCACCCAAACGUGAUGGCUGCCCUCUCCUCUCCGCGUUUAAUGAAUUUUGCCAUCGUCUUGAUCAAUAAAUGCUACUGUUCAGGUUUUACAAAUGAGAAAAUAGGCUCAAGGAAAUUAAGCUAAAAACCUGCUUGCUGUGAGACUUGCACACUGAACACGCUGGUCUGUAAAAUGAGGAUAACCAGAAUACCUUGCCCCGAGCCCAGGUCCCACCAGUCAACAGGGGCUCAGACCUGACCUCAGACUCCUCUAUCCCCAGCCUCCAGGGCCAGGAGGAAUUAACUGCACUUCUUUGAAAGGGAUGAAAGCGGGAGGGAGUUGGAGCUUUGAGUUCCUGUGGAAUACGGGUUUCUCUGAGAUUUUCCCCAGGAAGCACUGGGCUGGCCUCUCAGGACUUAAGCCAUUUGGCCUAGAGCUCCUGGUCACAGCCAAAACAUUGCUUGUGGCGUUCAGAGACCAAACGUGACUUAAAGUGCCCUAAUGGCCUGGAAGAGUCAGGCUUGGUGCAACCAGGAGCCCUCCUCCUGCCACGCCGGGGCCAUGCAGCUAUGCCAGUGCCUGUCUUGUUGCCUCUUCAGGUAAGUGCUGCCCCCAGGCUCACCACACCCACUGGUGGAAGAGGGGAAGAUGCCAGGAGUUUCCACCGCCUGCCAGAGCCGAGCAAGGUGCUGAGCUGGACACCACCAGGAGCACACAAUCGACCAUCUCGGGGUUAUGCACUCAGCUCCACAAAGGAGGGGAAAGGGCUGAGCCAGGGCUUGACUCUGGGCCCCAAGAUUUAUUCCCUCUGCUGUAAGGUCCAAGCGCAGCUGGCUGGCAAGUGCCCCCAGGGAGGAAGAUGUGUUCAGUUCAGGCCCAGCAUUGCACGUUCUGGGCCUAUCACCCCGCUUCGAGCCUUUACCUCCAGCGCUCUCAGUGCUCUCUAUCCCUCUCGGUGAUGUGCGCCUUGGUCCCAUCUCACAGAGGGGCACACAGGAUCCACCAGGCCAUCAGACCAGCUCUGAAACCAGACUGCGCUCUCCUACCAUGCGUCCCUGGCCUGCAGGUGGCCUAACUCACACACCUAGGGAAAUCCUUCUAUCUGGAACUC